AGUAAUGAGGAAAUGACAAUAGCUCCUCCCUGAAUCUGAUGCAAUUCCCCAAAUACUUCUUAUACCCAGCUAGAAAGAACGUCUCUCACAGUGCAGACGAGACACGCACCGGAGUAACAUCGCUUGUUCGGAUUUUCCCUUAGCCUUUUAACAUACGAUUGUAAAUAUAUACAUAGAUUUCAACUGGACGAGCAUUAAAAUCUAGCUAUCUGAGAAUUAACGCAGACCUUGAAAUAAGUCGAACUCCUAUCGCUGUGAUAUUUUGGAGCCAAAAUAGCGACCGACUGCUUGGUGAAGAGAUUUGAAUUGUAACUGAAGAAGCAAUAAACGCCUUAUCGAGGUCUGGAAGGGACCACAAGGACAAAGCACAGGCAGAAGGAGCAUCGUCUCCCUGGGAAGAAGGGAUAGGUGGCAUAUAAAUUGCCAACGACAACUGCAGAGAGACAGAUAAAUACAACAUUAGAAGUGCUUCAGAAAACCCACCAUGACUAUAACGGAGAUGAACAAAUUUAACAUUAGUCCUGAUGACGACAGCAGCAGCACGAACAGCAAUGAAUACAACUACCCAGCAAAUACUACCACGAAAAAGGUUCCGAUUAGCAGUCAGUAUGUUGAUAUGGAUGCAGAAAGUCAAAAUUUUCUGCCAAAUUUGUACUAUGGAAAAAAGAAAUUUGAAGAAGAAUAUAGGGCUGGGAAUACUUCGUUUGGCAUUUCUGCAUUUAACCUCAGCAACGCAAUCAUGGGCAGCGGAAUUCUUGGCCUGGCAUAUGCCAUGGCUAACACUGGAAUUGCACUUUUUGUGAUCCUUUUGAGUGCUGUAGCAAUAUUUUCAUUAUAUUCCAUACAUCUUUUAUUGAAGACUGCAAAAGAAGGAGGUUCACUGGUCUAUGAACAGCUGGGACUCAGAGCAUUUGGGUUGCCUGGGAAAUUGGCAGCAUCGAUUUCAAUCACAAUGCAGAACUUUGGAGCUACAUCAAGCUACCUCUACAUAGUGAAAUACGAGCUACCAAUAGUCAUUCAAGCUUUCCUGGGACUUGAGGAAAACACUGGGUAUGUUGAAUGAGUUGAUUAAUAAUGUUAGGCACACUUUGGCAUCUCCUUUUUAAUUCAGAACUUUUCAAGAAAUAAGUCUUUUCAGUAACUCCCUUACCUACUCAUAAUUAUCAUGACAGUUAAAAGUCUACAUCACAUAAUGAGAAAAACCAUGUAGGCUUGGAUUUGAAUGCAAAGUUGACAGUAAUCUGUCUUCAAAAUUUAGCUCAGACAAUUGCUUUGUGUCAGUUCCUUGGGAAAGUACAAUGCUUCACUUGACCCAAUAUGAGUAUC